CAAAAUUCUAAAGACUCGUCGACAUAACGAACAUCCUACGGAAGAAUUUUAAUCGCUCGAGUCCUCCGCUUGCGCUCGCGAGGCCGCCGGGACGAAAUCAUGGCAGCGAUGCUCCUCGCGAAGCCAGCAUUUUGUGGAUUCUGCCGCUGCCUGCUGCUGCUCCUGCUGCUGGUGGCGGCUCCGGCGAGGAUUUGCGAGUCCGUUAGAUCUGACAAGGAAAUGAGGGAGAGGUUCUACGGCAAUUUGAUCAAUUCAUCCUCUCCCGGCGAUGGAGAAGGGAGUAUCGCCCAAAUGUUCGAUCGUGUUCUCGAGAAAGAGUUCUCCGAAAAUGAUCAGCCUGAAGGUUCUGAUGGAAGCAACUUCAAUAACAGUGUAAAUGACCAACAGGCUGUGUUGGAAACGGUAGCCAAAGUUACUCAUGAGAAGGGCAAGAAAAAUGACUCACAGCCGGGAAGGUGCUUUUUUGCCUCUCAUUCCAUUUGUUCACAGUGGACCAAGAUCAUUUCAGCUCCAAGAUGUAUUUUCUCUGGAGAAUGAAGAUUCCGAGGAUGGCACUACCCUGAUUGACAAAAAGGACAAUGUCUUUGUCAUGUCAAAUAAGAAAUCCAAAUAUCCAGUACUUCAAGUCGAUUUGAGAUUAAUUUCAGAUCUGGUGGUUGUCAUAGUUUCUGCUGCCAUUGGUGGAAUUAUCUUCUCGUGUUUGGGACAGCCGAUUAUUGUGGGUUAUCUUCUUGCUGGGUCACUCAUUGGACCAGGAGGUCUUAAGUUCAUCAGUGAGAUGGUGCAGGUUGAAACAUUUGCGCAGUUUGGUGUUAUAUUUCUACUUUUUGCUUUAGGCCUUGAGUUUUCUAUAACAAAGUUGAGGGUGGUGGGUGCUGUUGCUGUGUUUGGAGGUUUUCUUCAAAUUGUGAUAUUUAUGUUCUUGUCCGGUGUAACUGCCAUGCUGUGUGGAGCAGAGUUGUCUGACGGUGUUUUUGUUGGAUCCUUCUUGUCAAUGUCAUCAACAGCAGUGGUGGUGAAAUUCUUAGCUGAGCGUAACAGUACUAGUUCACUUCAUGGUCAAAUUACAGUUGGGACUCUGAUUCUUCAGGACUGUGCUGUUGGAUUGUUGUUUGCUUUACUCCCAGUAUUGGGUGGCAGCAGUGGGUUACUACAUGGAAUGAUUUCAAUGGGGAAAUUGUUGUUGGUGUUGUCCAUGUACCUCACUGCUGCAUCAUUUUUGUCUUGGUCCUUUGUUCCUCGCUUUCUGAAGCUAAUGAUCCAGAUAUCAUCUCAAACAAAUGAACUUUAUCAGCUUGCUGCUGUGGCCUUCUGCUUGCUAUCUGCUUGGUGCAGUGACAAAUUAGGCCUCAGUCUUGAGUUGGGUUCAUUUGUAGCUGGAGUUAUGAUAUCCACAACUGACUUUGCACAGCAUACUUUAGACCAGGUGGAGCCAAUUCGUAAUCUGUUUGCCGCCCUGUUUCUUGCAAGUAUUGGAAUGCUUAUACACGUGCAUUUUCUGUGGAAUCACGUUGACAUACUACUAGCAUCAGUGAUUAUGGUUGUAGUUGUGAAGACAACUGUUACUGCUUUGGUUAUUAAAACCUUUGGAUAUGGCAUCAGGACAUCAUUUCACGUUGGAGUGUUGCUUGCUCAAAUUGGGGAGUUUGCUUUUGUUCUACUUAGUCGUGCCUCAACUCUUAACCUCGUUGAGGGGAAAAUGUACCUUCUCCUUCUUGGAACAACCGCUCUAAGUUUGGUCACAACACCUCUCCUGUUCAAAUUGAUACCUAAUGUCAUGAAUCUCGGAGUCCUUUUGCAAUGGUUUCCACCAGAAACCGCCCCGAAUGAGGAGAAGGUUUCAAUGAUCGAAGCACAUAACAGAGUCUUGUGACCUUCCCGUAUCAUAAUACCAUGGGAAGGCUGCCUCGGCGUGAGUUUUUCAGAUGACUUGCUCUAAAUCAGAACUACAAACAGUCCGCGGCAUGAUGAUACAUGUAUGUCUCAUGUAAAUACGCGUAACGUAACGAGUCUCCCGCGUGCAUUCUUUGAAUGGUUUGUAUAUAUAAUUUUGCCGCCUUAGUAUAUGUUGUAACUUAGACCAUCACUACCUAGCUCUAGGAGAACUGCUUCACUUAUUGGCAUGUAAUUGGGUUCCUGCGAGAGCAUUUUGAUCCAGUACCAAGAGAGAAAAGCUCUCAAAUUCUUUUAUUAACAGUAAAAGUUUAUGCAAUAGAUUGAUUCGUACUCAUGCUGU